AUGUAUUCCCAUCAAGAUCUACCAGGCCACCUUGCAGACCCUCAUAGGCAGUUUCCCUCUGGCUAUCCUCCCCCCUCGCAACCUUACCCGUCGCGGCACGGGAGACCAACGAACUUCAACCCAGAAUUCCAAACGUAUUCAGGGGAAGAUCAACAGAACUUGCGCUCUGCGGAAAAAAGUCAAUCGGCCGAGGACAUAGACGGACCAGGUGGGGCUUUGGGAAGACAUCCGUCUGACGAUAGCCUCACUGCGAGCGAUACGCCUGAAGCAAAACCUCUUGCGAAAGGCGACAAAGCACAGGGAGGAAAGGCGGACGUAAAAAGUGCAAAUCCUGCACAGGAAACCAAUAAGGAAGCGGAUGGGGAUGCGUCAGACGAGAAAGCUGCAUUCGGAGAGACCACCACGGCAACUUCGGGCACAUCGACCGGGGUCCCAGACUUUGUGAGAAAAUUAUUCCGCAUGUUGGAAGACUCUACGGAGACCGACAUCGUUACAUGGGGUGUAAAGGGGGAUACAUUUGUGAUCAAAGAUCCGAAUGAAUUUGCGAAGGCGGUGCUGCCAAAACACUUCAAACACAACAACCCGGCCAGUUUCGUCCGGCAGUUGAACAAAUAUGGGUUUCACAAAAUAAAGAGUCAGGACGAUGGACGGCUUUACGGUGACUCGGCGUGGGAGUUCCAGCACCCGAACUUCCAGUACAACAAACGCGAAAUGCUGGACUCGAUCCGAAGGAAGACCUUGAUAAAAGGGAAAUCAACGACGAACGCCGCGUGCCCCACAACCGUUGCAACCGUGGACAAUCUGGCAAACGAAUUUCGCCGGGACACGACUGAUCUGCAAUCGCAAGUCAAUAGCUUGGCUAAAGUGCAGGGUGACAUAGCCGCCUAUUUGGAGAGUUUGAGUCGGAACUACAUGAUGAUAGUGGAGGAAGUGCUGAGCUUCCGGAAAAACAUGAUUGCACAAGAUCAAGUAAUUCGCAACCUGGUGGGAUAUAUUGCAGACAAUCAGCGGCCAGAUGCCGGAGGACCCGGCAAUGUGUCCAGCGGUAGCUCAAACGACGCACUCCAGGAAUUCAAUAAGACUUACCAGGCAGUUGCGCGAGCGAGCUUUCACCAGAUGGACGAGAUCAGUCGCCAUGUCAAGGAGGCAUACGGGUCAGUGCAGAACCCGCCCGGUUCCGUUGAGGAGACGGUGGGGUCAGCGCCAUCCACUAGUGCCGGUGCGCCAGCGGGGUCGAUAAACGACUCCAUCCGAGACACCGCGGCCGUCAGCGCCGCAUUGAAUGAGCACUUUGGUGAACUUCAAGACCAGAACGGCGGCUUGACCGUGUUCACAGUCGGAGGGCUCACGCCAAGACGGGAGGAGCCAGUUGGACCGUCCAACGGAAAUGCUGGACAAUGUAAGAGUGUCAGGGUCACCCGAGCGACGUUUGUGCCCCCAUGGUCUGUGCCGCCAAAGGUUUUGCUUGUAGAAGACGACAGUACCUGUCGGAGGUUGUCCAGCAAACUGCUCCAAAUCUUUGGUUGUGCAUUCGAUGUGGCUGUUGACGGCUUGGAUGCGGUCGAGAGGAUGGGAAUUGGUAACAAAUACGAUAUUGUGCUCAUGGAUAUCGUGAUGCCGAAUCUCAACGGAGUCGCCGCAACAAAUCGCAUUCGGCAAUUUGACCGAACAACACCCAUCAUUUCGAUGACGUCCAACACAACGGCAAACGAUUGCCUCACAUAUUUUGCGAAUGGAAUGAACGAUGUGCUUCCGAAGCCUUUCAACAAGGAUAGCAUGCUUUCUAUGAUUGAAAGGUUGGUAUUAACAUGA